GAUUGGCUGGUACGUAUACGGCGGAAGUGGAAUCGGCCCCGGCGCACUUCCCUGACACGCAUCAACCGGUCAUUCAACCAGCUCCCUAGCCGACUCCCAGGGGUCGAUGGUCAUUCAUUGAGUCAAACUAUCGCUUAUCAGAACGGUUUAUGAUUGUGGGUUUGCUUCACAGGCUGUCGGAAAAGCUUCCACGCGUUUUGCACAGGUUGAGAGUGAUAAUGAAGCCGCAAGUUGUGUUUGUUUUGGGCGGGCCUGGCGCGGGGAAAGGAACACAAUGCGCGAGAAUUGUGGAGAACUACAGUUACACUCACCUGUCCGCUGGAGAUCUCCUGAGAGAGGAGCGCAGCCGCACCGACUCAGAGUUUGGCCAGCUUAUUGACAGCUACAUCAAAGAAGGGAAGAUAGUUCCUGUUCAAAUCACCAUCAACUUACUGAGGAAGGCAAUGGAAGAGACUAUGAAAGCUGAUGAGAAGAAGUUCCGCUUUCUUAUCGAUGGUUUCCCACGUAACCAAGACAACCUGCAGGGCUGGAAUACUGAGAUGGAUGGGAAGGCAGAUGUCAAGUUUGUUCUUUUCUUUGACUGCAGCAAUGAGGUAUGCAUUGACAGAUGUUUAGAGCGGGGAAAGAGCAGCGGUCGCACUGAUGAUAACAGAGAAAGUUUAGAGAAAAGGAUCCAGACGUACCUGCAGUCCACACGGCCCAUUAUAGAGCUGUACGAGAAGCAAGGAAAAGUGCAAAGGAUUGAUGCCUCCCGAUCUGUGGAUGAGGUGUUUGCAGAUGUCAAGAACAUUCUGGAGAAAGACGACUAAACUUCAACAAACCAAAAUCCUUGAAAAGGAAGGCGUCUGUUCACUCGUCGGCAGUGCUAUGCCUUCUACAUGUAUCAAUUUACACAUUUUUACUCAUGCGACAGUGAAAUAGGGUUUUUUAGACGUAAGAGUGUGUGCUCAUAUCCGUGUUUGUAAGUCUGAAAGGAAAACGCUUUGUUGUUGAGCAAACAGUGCAUAUUUGCUCAGCAUUACACUGAAGAGGAACAAAUAUUUCAGCAGAGAACUAGGCAAGCUUGAGCAAUAACAUUCGAGGCACUUGUACAGAAACACAUUAUGCUGAUAUUUCAUUAUCACACGCGAGAGAUGUUUAGAAACGCAUCAAGCCCUGCGUUUUGAUUGGUUUCUGCACUUAAGUAGUGAGCAAUUCUACGUGACCAACAGAUUCCCAGGCCUUUUUUUCUUAAAUGUUGUAUCUGCUCAUGUUUUUCCUCACUGUUUUCCAUAGUAAUCCACAGCAGGCUCUGAGGACCUAUUGCUGGCCGCUCAACAACAGAGAAGUGUUUUAGCUGUAUGAUUGUUGUUUUAUCGUAUUUUGCGUGCUAGAUUCCAAACACGUGUCAUCUUUGCUCAGGCAGUUGAUUUUACGAUGUGGGAACAGGGGCUCAUGCUUUUAUUUUUGGUUGUCUCGGCAUCCUUGGGGUUGUUUGUGAAUGAACCGAAUUUGUCGUAUUGAUGUGACGAUUCAGUCUGUGUUCAGACUGUGUCCACAAAUAACAUAAGAAAUAUCAAGGAUGACAGAAAAAUAAACGUUCUGAUUUGGAAUGUCUUCUGACUCAACGC